UCAUGAUCUUUCGCGGAAUGCCUGAUGUUUUGACACGUUUAUUAUUUACAGUGAGACUGAACCUCCCAUUCGUUUGAGGGCGGAGAUGUCUGCAUUCAACAGAAUACGCGCGCUAUCGUUGUGGUGCUUGUCAUACAGUUCCGCCUUUCGCAUAAUAAUAUCCAGAUCUGACCUUUGGUGACCUGGAAAGACUUGGAAAUGACUCUGCCGGAAGUAGACGAGGCAACGGAAACAGACAUUUUCAGCAGAAACCCCAAACAUUUCUGUAUCAACUAUUCUUUCAGGAUCAGUUAUGUUUCUAGUAUAUAUGUAUUUUGAUUUGCUGCCACAAACUGAAUAGAUUUGAUAUAUUUAUUUGAAAUAGAAACAAUUGGUUGUUUCCACCAUUUCUUAAGGUGAAGAUGGAACUAUUCUGAGACCAGAGACUGUGCAGAGAAUAUGAUGAUGCUUGUCAAGUAACUUGUUUGAGUGGCAUUUAGAAGCUUGUCAAGUAGUUCUUAGAGAUUGAAACUCAACAUUGAGAUUUUUGCAAAUCAGUAAAUGAAAGGUGUUGGAAUAUAGAUAGCUGAUAGGAACAAUGGACAUUUCCAAUGGAAGUAAUGAAAGCAAUGAAGAAAGGAGAACUGUUAUCUACAGCUUCAAAGAACAGCCAUUCAAGUCACCAGAAGAUCUGCUGGAAAUAGUUGCAAAUCCUGAUCUUCAGAGAGUGAGCACAAAACCCCCUUACCGCCCUAAAGCAGGACAGGUAUAUGUCUACCACCAUGAACAAACAUACAUGGAUAAAAAAACAUGGGUCUAUGAUGGCUAUCGAUGGAGAAACAAUGGCAAAAAGAAAUACCCCAAGCCUUCACCGUUGUUUGAGAAAGUGUAUUUCACCAUUGACUGCGCAGAUGCAGAUAGUGUUGACUUCCGCCGCUGUGUGUAUAUCCCGCUCAACAAGGAACUGAAAUACAUGGUCGUUCAGUACUUUGGUGCUACAUCUUCCUCUCCCUUGUUUUCUUCUGUUGAGAGAAAUAAGCUGUCAAGUCGACCUACGACAUCUGGUUUGGAGUAUUUGGAAUCUGUGGACAGUGGUAAUUCUUUAAUUGGUGACCAGAUGAAUCUCACCCUUUCUGCUUUCACAGCUAGAGAUGAGGGAAAUGUCAUGUCUCAGAUAGCCCGAGAUGCCUCUCCCAUCCACAUCUGGAUUGGUUAAGAAAUCAACAGUACCAGUAAGCCUCAUUCCAAGUAACAAUGGUUCCAGUGUCGUUGACUCAAAUGAUGAUGAAUUGGACACAUGGAUGGGAAAAGAUGACGACAGCAGUUUCAAAUUUAGUCAGAAGACAUUCACAGAGAUUAUGAGAAUAUGUUUUGAAAUGAGGAAUGACAACUAUUUUUGGUCAUUCAGCUCAGCUCCGGAAGUUAUUAUGAUAUUUGGGAGCUGUGACCUGUGUUCCGACCUCAAUGACCUCUUGUCGACACAGGAUGACACCAUACAGUGUUUGUCCUAUAGCACAUCACCAUGUCUAGAUGGAUUUUUCAUAUCAGUCUUAUCACUUCAUCAUCCAAAGUUUAUUCUCACAGAAGCAAGCAGUCCACCUGUUAUCCCUCUUGUGUUCAUGAUCCACCAGAAUAAGUCUUCGCUGUGUCAUACAAAUCUCUUCAAUCUCUUUGUGGAACAUCUUCCAGCAUUGAGGGUGGAAACCAGUGAGCCAUCUCUUGCAAUUAUUCUUGACAAAGAUCCAAACAUUAUGGCCGCAGUUAAGAAGUGCCUGCCAAAUGUCAUCACCCUUCUGUCUCUUUCUUUCAUCAGACGGGAAGCUCAAUGCUGGCUGACAAAGAACAUGCAUUCUAAACGAACUGACCGUUACGUGGCCGAUCUAGAGGAUCUGAUGAGAGUCAGCUCCAAGUCAGAAUUUGAAUCACUUCUUCAGAGUCAUAAGCACAACUGCAGUAGAUCUUGGCUGAAUUUCUUUGAUAGUCAGCUAAAGAAUGACAUAAUCAGCCAUUGCAACAACUGGAUGCAGAUUAGAAACAAGGUCAUUCACAAGGAUGUCCUUGAGGAAAACCAGUGCUCUCCCUUGGAACAGGUGUUAUAUGACCUUGAACUUUGUCAUGAGGCAACCAUGGAUGUCCUGAUCCAAGCUUUGUAUUUCCUUCACUUGUUUAUCAGGACAGAGCUUCAGAGAGGGAAAAGUGGAUUUGGCUUGUACAGGCUUCAUGAAAAUUAUAUUUCAGAGUUUGGACAUUCAGUCCCAGUGAAUAGUCAGUUUGUGGGUAAACCUUCUGAAAUAGUUAAGCUGGUAAUGAAUAGGAAGAUAGCAAGUGAUAGUAAGACCAAGUACAGUGACCCCACCUGUGAGGUUCAUGAAGGGGAGAUAAUGCCAAUCAAGCAGGAGCCAGCAGGGGAAGAAGAUACAAGCUAUCUUGUUUUCUGUGAUGGAGAUGUGGUCACUGGAAAUGAUAAUGAAGAAAAAGAUGGUGACAGUUGUCUGACUGAUAAAUUUAGUGAUCAGCGAAAAAGGAAAUUCUCAUCUGACGAUGUUGGAAACUCAUGUACGGACAUGAAGAAACAUUCUUUUUCACAGUAAAGGUUGUCAAGUUUAAGCAUGUGUAAUAAUAGCUAGCCUUGUAUAGCUACAGAAGUAGUGUUGAGACAGGGGUACAUGAUUUCAUAAUGUUCACUGUGACUUGCUCCCCUUUGCCAUGCCAGGAUCUGCUGAUUUUUUAUCAUUGCUUCAGAUGCAAGACUGUUCCUGAGACUGUAAUAAAGUUGUGUUUGGUUCAA